AUGGCGGAAGAGAAUUCGGGUGCUAUGAACCCUAAUUUGAGUCAUGGUCAAGGUCUUGGGCCAAUAUCUAGGUCUGUAAACGUUGAAUCACUUCAAAGAAUCAACGAAGAAGUCCAUGCUCCCCAUGAAUUGAAUCAUAUUUUGGCCAAUUCAGGUGAUGGAGUCACAUUGGAGGAUGGGGAAGGAUCUUCGGUGACUAAGACGUCACUGAAGAUGGAUGGUGUUAAAAAAGGCAGUGACAAUGAAGAGAAUUUUUUUAAGUGUAUUAUCUGUUUAGAUUUGGCCAAGGAACCUAUUGUGACUCCUUGUGGCCAUUUGUUUUGUUGGCCAUGCAUAUAUCAAUGGCUAGAUGUGCAUUCAAAUUCUAAGAAGUGCCCGGUUUGCAAGAGAGAUGUGAUUCUCAAGAAUGUUACUCCAAUAUAUGGACGUGGAACAAAUGCUCAUGUGAGGGAAGAUAAGGAUUCCGAUCUUGGAAUUCCUUCUAGGCCUGAAGCAAGGCGUGUUGAGAAUUUGAGGGAAGCCCUUCAUUUGAAUGAAUUUCCACUCCUUGUGAAAGACAUUCUUUUGCGUAUGGGAGGAGGCAGAACUAAUCUAAUUCAAUAUUUAUCUCAGCUACUUGAAUCAAACAAUCAUGCUCGUCGUGAACUAGCUGAGAUGCCCAUUUCCGUAUUGAGAAUGUUCAUGUCAUCUGAAGGCAUAACGAAUGAACUAAUUUCUAGGGCACGCCGUCGUCAUGAUGCAGUGAGUUUGCUGAACAACAAUGAUGGCAGAGGUGGUAGAAACCAAGAGCGCCCUCCCUCAUCCAAUGAUGCUUCAAGAGUACCUGGUGUGGAUGCUGAAGAUCAAGCUCCAAGGGGCAGUCAUUUGGACUGA